GCGGUGCCUGCGAGCGCCCCGCCCCCGCCGCGCCGGGGAGGUGGAGCAUGAGCGCACGUGUUAGGACCCGUGGAGCCCGCGCCCUGUGCCCGGCGGCGAUGAAGAUCUGGAGCUCGGAGCACGUGUUCGGCCACCCAUGGGACACGGUCAUCAAGGCUGCUAUGAGGAAGUACCCGAAUCCGAUGAACCCUGGUGUUGUGGGAGUCGAUGUGCUGGAGCGCAGUGUGGAUGGCCGCGGCCGGCUUCACAGCCACCGCCUCCUCAGCACCGAGUGGGGGCUGCCUGGCCUCGUGAAAGCGAUUUUGGGAACCAGUAGGACUUUGACAUACAUCAAAGAACAUUCUGUUGUGGAUCCAGUGGAAAAGAAAAUGGAACUUUGUUCCACCAAUAUCACACUCACAAACUUUGUAUCGGUGAACGAGAGGUUGGUGUACACACCCCAUCCGGAGAACCCUGCCAUGACCGUGCUCAAACAAGAAGCCAUCAUCACCGUGAAGGGGAUCAGCCUCGGCAGCUAUCUGGAAAGUUUAAUGGCCAACACAAUAUCAUCCAAUGCAAAGAAGGCUCUGAGAGUGAGCUUUGUGGAGGUGAGAGGAGAAGGGAUGGAUCCCAGGAGGCUGUCCUCCCCGGCGUUCCUGGGGAGAGAGCUCAGCCUUAGUGAGGCAGAGACUGUUCACGGAGUCCAGCUUGCCUUCCUCUCCAGAAGAGGUGAUGGAAAGAGCUUGGGUGUGUGGAAGGAUGAUGUUAUACAAGUUCAAGGGGUGGGCUGCUAUUGAGUGGAUAAUUGAGAAUUCUGAGAGCGCUGUGAGCUAACGGGGUCUGCACCUGCACCUGAACGGUGGUAACUACAGUGUUCUUUAACCUGGUGGAGAAUUGAGUAUCUUGCUAACCGUGUGCAUGGUGUGCGGUGCUGGGAGGGUGUUUAAAAGAUGCAGCCGCUUGUGUCUCUAGCCCUGCGCUCCUUAGUAUCUUCUGUAGUGGAAAAAAAUCCCUAGGUUCAUCCUCGUCCUAAUUCAUCUCCCUGUUUCAUGGCAGGAUUUAUUGUCAAGGGAAACUUGAACAUUCAUUAUCUGGUCUCUAAUGCAGGCAGUUCAGCUUCUCCUGCCAGCUGUUCUCAGCGCUUGGCUGCC